GGUCAACAAGAGAAAGGCCUCUGGUCAUGUGAUCUUGAAAAGCAACAGCAGCCAAAGCAAUGUUUCCAGUAGCCUAGAAUUAUUAUUUUAGAAAUAUACAACAUAAAGCAAAAGAUCCACUGAUGAUUAGUCUUAAACCUUACUUUUUCUGAGCCAAGCUACCCUUGGGCCCUAUGUCGUUAUGCAGUCGACGAGCGUCUCUCUGUCAGGGUAACGAGUUCAUAUGGCAAAGAACAAAGUUCAUCAGCUCCACACACGUGUGUUCCUGCUCAUGUUGUAUUGGCUAACAACAACAACAAUGUCAUCAGUGCAAGAAAUCUUCAGUAGUUUUAACGAUUAUCUUACAACAGACCAUGAUAUCCGUGAGGAAAUCAGAAUUUCAGUUCGUGUUCUUGAACAAACAGCUAGGGAGAUCAUGACAUUACUGCAAUCGAUUCACCAAAGAGAUGGAUUGAAACAAAUUCCAGCAAUCUGCGGGAAGAGCAGAGAAAAAUUUGAAAGUGUGAAGUCUUCUUAUGCAGAUCUUGCUGGAAAGUUUCCAAUUGAAAACUACUACAAAUUCCACGACCAUUGGCGUUUUGUUACUCAACGUCUUAUUUUCCUUUCUGCGCUGACAACAUAUUUGGAAACAGAAACGUUAAUUACAAGAGAAGAAACAGCUAAACUUUUUGGAGUUGAAGUUCAAAGAGGGAAUGGUUUCCUACUAGAUCUGGAAGACUAUCUCCAUGGUCUGCUCAUGUUGUCAAGCGAACUGUCUCGUCUUGCUGUCAACAGUGUCACAGCUGGAGAUUAUGAGCGCCCUCUUAAGAUAUCUUCAUUCUUAGGGGAAGUGAACACUGGAUUCAGGUUGCUCAACUUAAAAAACGACAGCCUACGCAAAAAGUUUGACAGCUUGAAGUACGAUAUAAAAAAAGUAGAAGAGGUCGUUUACGACAUUAGUAUACGGGGUCUGCAGCCAGUGGAGAAAAUUCCAAAGACAGAAUGAGAAAAAAAGAGAUGCUGGUUUUCAGUUAUGUUUAUGGUCAAUGGCUAUGCAACAGACAGCACAUGCAUGUUAUAAGUACUGUAUAUGGAUUUAUGUACAGUACUAAAAACAGAGCAUUCCUGACUUGAAUGUGGAAAUGGAUAAUGUAUGUUAAUAUAAAAUUUGGAUUUUGUUUUUCAUGUUAAUACAUAAAAAAAAUAACAGCAGCUGGUGAAAAAAGUUGUAGACCGCAAUUCCACAAGUAAUGGAAUGAAGCUUUUUAGCCAAUUACUGUAGUACCAGCAUGUUCCUUGACCAUCUUCGUACAGUGGUAGUGGUGGGGGAGAAAUGAAAAGGUCGGUCUUCCCCCAGAAGCAGUUUAAUCAUGGAUUGCAUGAUAUUUGGUCUGAAGAUUAGGCCCCAUAAAAAAAAUGAUUAGUUUAUCAUCCCCGCGCGCAUCUCUUUUGACGAAAUCAUGAUUUUUUUUUUUUUUUUACUAGAUUUUUUUCAUUGAAAAAACGAUCGUUUGUUCGUCAAAAACAAAUUUUAAGGCUGGUGAAUGAUGAAUGACUACCAAUGUCUUGAUAGGAUGAUAAACUAAUAAUUUUUUUUAUGGGGCCUUACAGUACAAUCAUUACUGCCAACCCAUAAAAUUGUUCGUGUCCUUGGGCAAAGCACUUUACAGUACAUAUGGGCUUUUUCACCCUGAUUUAACCGUAAGUAUGGACACCUAGUAGGCUAAAAUGUCAACAAUUUACUAAGCUGCAAUGAUACAUGGUUAUUACUCCUGUCAUAAAUUAAAUAUGUUCAGACAACCACAACACAAGGAAGGCAAUUUAUUUUGUAAGAACAUUUAUUUCCAAUUAAAACUAAUAAGAAAAGUUUAA